AGAUCAAUAUUCCCACUUGGUCUUCCGGAAGAAUUCUCAUUCGUCGCCACUUUCAGGAAAAAGAAUGGCCGGAAAGAUCCUUGGUUUCUGAUCCGGAUUAACGACAUUUUAGGAAAGCCACAGUUUGGAAUUACUCUUAAUCCUCGGAAGCAAAUGCUGGAAUUUUAUGCUCUGGACUUCGAAGGCAAACUGCAAACAUCCAGGUUUGGAGACGUUGAGGUUGAUGAUAACCAGUGGCACAAAAUAGAUUUAAGCGUUUUCCAAGACAGAGUAAUACUUUACAUGGACUGCGAGAAACAAUCUUCCUUGGCUAUUGAUCCUCGAGGGCCAAUUGAUGUCAACGGAGACAUUAUGAUUGCAAAAUACGAAGACGACAGUGACACUGUUCCUUUAGAGCUUCAGUGGAUGGUUAUGAGUUGUGAUCCAACAAGACCAGAGAGGGAAACUUGUGACGAAUUGCCUCCAAAAAAGAAAAAGCCCAUGGAUGAUAAAUGCCCCAUUUGCCCUCCUGGUCCUCCAGGACUCAAUGGAACAGAGGGUCCUCCGGGAAUUCCUGGACCAAUUGGUUUGUCUGGCGAACGGGGACCACAAGGAGUGCCAGGCGUUCAGGGACCUAGAGGAGAGACUGGCUUACCAGGAAUACCGGGUCUACCAGGACCAAUAGGACCUCCAGGUCCCAUCGGGCCACCUGGAAGAUCAGGUGUGCCUGGUAUCAAAGGAGAUAUUGGACCUACUGGACUACCUGGAGUGCCGGGACCGAAAGCAGAGAAAGGUGAACCAGGACCUCAAGGUGAUCCAGGGCCUCCGGGCUUUCCUGGACCUAUGGGACCAAGAGGGCCUCCUGGUAUACCUGGAGAUGCGGUUGUAGUAGAAGGACUUACUGGACUACCAGGAGAACCAGGUGCUUUGGGCCCUCAAGGUGAGCAAGGUUUACAAGGACUUCCUGGUCCUCCAGGUUUUCCGGGUAAUAAGGGGGAACCAGGCCCAGUUGGAUUGCCAGGCCCAGAAGGAAAACGAGGAUUUCCAGGUGAAAGGGGUGAGUCAGGACCUCCUGGACCUGUAGGUCCACCUGGUCUGCCAGGUUUACCUGGACGAGAUGGAAUCCCUGGUACAAGUACUGAAGUAGCUGUUAUUCCGGGUCCUCCCGGACUGCCGGGAGAGCAAGGAGAACGAGGGUUACCAGGAGUAAGAGGAGAAAAGGGUUCAAGAGGAGAUACAGGAAUACCUGGAGCCCUGGGACCAAAGGGGGACAAAGGGGAAAGAGGAGAUCCAGGAUUUUCCGGUCUUGACGGUCAGAAGGGUGAUAAAGGAGAGAUUGGUUCGGCUGGUAACACUGGUGCUAAAGGUGAAAGAGGUUUUCCAGGUGCUCCAGGGCUUAGAGGAGAACCAGGAUUAAUUGGGAUGCCGGGACCUUCGGGAAUACCAGGAACAAACGGCCUUCCAGGUUCAAAAGGUGAUAAGGGCGAUGCUGGAGAGCCUGGUCUUCCAGGAGAAGUAGCGAAAGCAGGGGAUCCUGGUCCACCAGGUCCUCCAGGUCCUGCCGGUGAGCCAGGAAUUGAUGGAGCUAAAGGUCCUCCAGGUCCACUUGGUCCUCCUGGAGCCUUGGGGCCUCAAGGACUUCCUGGUCCCGCCGGACCGCAAGGCCCUCAAGGAAUUGAAGGAGCGGAAGGACCAAAAGGAUCUAAAGGUGAUGUCGGACCAAGAGGACCAGAUGGAUUACCAGGAGAGCCUGGUAUACCUGGGAAACCAGGUCCCUUUGGAAAGCCCGGACCAAAAGGUGAUCAAGGCGACAAAGGACCUAGAGGACUUGAAGGAAUAAGAGGCCCACCCGGCUCAUCAGGAUCUCCUGGACCUGUUGGACCAUCUGGCCCACCAGGAUUACCUGGUUUAGUCGGAUUUCCAGGACCUGCGGGUCCUCCAGGUCCACCAGGGCCACCAGGGCCAAAGGGAGAAAGCAAUCUUGUAAGUUAUGAUAUCGAAGGUUUGGUGUCUUUACCAGGACCUCAGGGCAAUUCUGGUGCAAUGGGCCCGCCAGGAAUGCCUGGUGAACGUGGCCCGCCCGGAGAAAGAGGCUCCCCUGGAACAGCUGGACAAAUAGGAAUGCCUGGUCCUGCUGGUCCCCCCGGCAUUCCAGGUAACCCUGGGAAUCGGGGUAGUCCAGGAAUGCCAGGUUUACCAGGUCCGCCGGGAAGGGGAUUUACAGAAGAAGAAAUGCGAGAAAUAUGCGCUUCAGUCUUAAGAGAACAAUUAACAGAGUUAACUGCGAAGUUAAGAGGGCCUCCAGGCCCUCCUGGUCGUGGCAAGCCAGGGCGUCCAGGCCCACCAGGUUUCCAGGGCCCAUCAGGCGAUCCAGGUACUCCUGGUCUUCCAGGAGAAAGAGGAUUUAUGGGAUUGCCUGGCAUGCCUGGUCCUACAGGACCGCAGGGACCUAAAGGAGAGAAGGGCGACAGAGGUGAUAGAGGACCAGAAGGUGUUGGAAUUGAAGGACCCAUGGGUCUACGAGGACUACCAGGUCCCCCUGGUCCCCCUGGAGUGGGACUUCCUGGCAGACCUGGUGAAAGAGGACCAGUUGGAAAGCAAGGAAUAGCUGGAAUGAGAGGCCCUCCAGGACCACAAGGAGCUCCUGGUUAUUGUGAACUUUGUAGCUAUCAAGGCGCUGACAUCAUGAAUGUGUUACAGGCAAGAGGGCCACCUUCCCAAGACAAAGGCCCAACAAAUUAGAAAUGGCUUCAAAAGGCAUACUUUAUAGCAUUGGCAGCUGAUAAUUUUUAAAUAAAAAGUUAUUUGCCAAGCGUUAAUUGCAAGAAAAGAAAACUGUAUCAUCUCUUUUUCUCUCUCUCAUGAGCUUAACGAGGCAAUAAAACAUAGAAAGACCAGUACACUAGAACUCAUAAUUUGAAUAAGGAGGUAUAUUGAAGUUUUGAAAAAUUAUCAUUUCCUCUAACCUUCUUAAUGGCAUACUUUAUUCGUACAACAUAUUAUUUUAUGUAAGAUACCGUAUAAUAAUUAAUUAUUGUUAUCUUCUGUUAUUAUGUAAAAAUAUAGCACUUUUGUAUUUAUUGAUAUUACAGUUCUUGCAAUUACUUAAAUUUAGGCAAAUUUGAAUUCUCAUAUUUACAAAUACAGUUAAAUAUUUAUCAUUUUUUAUGCUGCGGUAUUUUGCAAUCAAAUAUUCCUCAGCGGUGCUAACUUUAAAUAAUUUAAUAUACUAGAUCACAUUUCAUCAACAUUUAGAAAUUCUUUCAAAAUAUGAUUCUUUGCCAUCAAAGCUUCAGUCCUCAUUAACAGCGUUCUCCUCUAAAUCACUACGGACACUCAAAGUAUUUUGUCUCUCUCAGCAUUGUUGAACAGUUAAAACUUACUUCUUAAGUAAGCAUUUCAUUUUUAUACCGAAGCCAAGAUCUACUGAAAGGAAACCUAUUGUCCUCCGCCGACUCCAGACAUUAAUAUCGACUUUGACAGCAAACUGACGAAAUUAAAUUUUUUAUCUCGAAAGGGAAGCGAGGUAAACAUUUCCAAAGAUUUGGAGAGUUCUCUGAUACAGGAAAACGUGCUUUUGCGCAUAACGUGUGUACAGAUGAUAAGAAGUGAAAUAAAUUCAAUACUAUAUUUAUUAUUAUGUACUACUACAUUUGCAUAAUUUUUUUGGAUAAUUAAAUAUGUGAAUUAAGUGACAGGAAAUGCACAUUAGCAAUUAGUAAUCCGUGUAAUAAGGAUUAUCUCACUGAGACAGUACCUUGAAUGGAUAUAAAAAAUAGUUUCGAAAAAUGUGAUGAUGUUCUUUUCUUUCCUUGAAGCCAAUAAAAUUAAGCAAUGUCCCAGGAAGGAGUCUUUUGAGAUAGUUUUACUUUGACCUUGUUUUAGGAUACAUAUAUUCCAUUCAGCACCGAAAAUUCCAUCAAAACUGAUAGUGUUAUCAGAAUCUUCUUUUUGGUCCUUUUUACAAAAAUAUAUAAUAUUAAAAGAGCUAUUUGCAAUAGAUUUUCGUUUACUUCACUUUUUAUCAUCUGUGUUUUAGUAUUUUAGUUUAAGUAUUUUUAGGUGUAUACUGCAGGCCUAUUCAUACUGAAUUGAAAUCUCGCUAGAAAUUCGUAAUUAAAAACUUUAUUUAAUUUUUUUAGAUGAAAAUUCUCCAAUUUUUAUUUAUUUAGAUGCAUAAUAAAACUUUUUAAUCCGUAAUACAUACAAUAAUCCGUAAUACAAUAUCUGUAAUACCUUCAUCGGUACAGCCCUUAGCUUUCCUAUGCACAGAGCCUUCUUCUGUAUUUUUAGAAUACUUCAAUCGAGGGUUAAAAGGAUGCAGGAAGAUCCUAUAUAUAAAUAGAGCUAUUGUAUAACAUGUGAACACCUACUGCAUAAUUAGAAAAUAACUCAUACUUGAUACAACUAAAAAACUGUUUAUAUUAUAUUAAAAAUAAAAAAUUAAAACAUAAAUUAAAAGUAUUGGAAGAGAGAAAUCGUUUGUACAUAUUCAAUCUUCUGUUCUGAAACACUAUAAUUCAAACAAUCAGUAAUUUACUAUAAUUCAAACUGUCAUAUCUCUGUAUGAUAGUUUUGUCGCUGUUUUGCAAGUUCUGUCAAUCAAUUUAUUAGAGCACAUUUUACGUACUAGAAAUAACUUAUUACAGUUUAAGGAAAAUAUAGGAAAACAAUUAAUUUUCAAUGUGAAUUUUAAUUAACUAUUUACUACUUCGUAAAUUUAACCACUUAGCAGUUUUUCCUCAAAAGAAUAACUCUUUUUUUGUGCACACUGUGAUUUGCCCGUAUGUGGUGCGCGCAUCAUAUUUUCAAAGUUCACGGCACUGAUUAUCCGUAUAAUUUCUUCUAGUUUAAUUCAUAGAUGGCAUUACUAAUCCAUAUAACAAAUUUUAUAUGAAGCUUAUUAUGAAAAAUUAAUAAUUGAGAUUUACAAUUUUAUUUUAUAUAGUUUUUAUUCUUAAUUUGUUUUGUGUGUGAACCUAAUCUGACUACAGUAGCAAUGACUGUAGAAGUUCUGAAAACAACGACCCUAUUUUCUAAGCAAAUCCGGAUUGCAGUGCGGGACUUUGUAUUGUAACCUGUUUUAAAAUAUAUCAUACGGAGUUGAAAUCUUGACUUGUAUCUAGGAAUUUCAAAAUCUGUAAUUCACAGGAAAUAUCAAGGAAUGGAGAAUAAGUUUACUACUUUUACACUCUUGUAUGACAAAAUGGCAUCAUUAAAGUGGUUGUGAUAAUCAAUAUAAUUCUACAUACAUAUAUAUACUUAAUUUUUCACCAAUAAAUUAUUUUGUACACAUAUUUUGUUAAUAAAUGCAGUUUUCUUAUAAUUUCGGCAUAAAAGUACAUAUUUUGGGGACCGGGUUUUUGGAAUCUCUUGAACUGCUAAGUGGUUAAUACAAAUUUAAAGUUUUAUCUAACAAUUCAUUAAAGUUCGCAAUAAUGUUUUGCUUCUGUUACAAAUUUUAAAUUAUUUUGAUGAAAGGACACAUACUUAUACUAGUUUCGAGAUAAGCUAAAUUCUUUUGAUGCAAUGACACAUAUUCAUAUUGUUAACAGUUUCAUAAUAAGCAAAUCCUUUAGAAUUAAAAUUAAUUCUUAAGAUGCAAUGCUGUUUGAGUUAUUCCUUGCAUGAUGAAAUUGAGUGAAGAGAAAUGUUUUCCGAAAAUGGUAAUUAAUUUUAACUAAUCACGGCUUAUAUUCUGCAAACUUUUCAGACUGGUCUUAAUAUUAAAAAUUAUCAUAACUGCUUUGAUGGAGAAUGAUUAAAGCAACAUAUUUUAAGCAAAUUAGGGACUAGUUUUGGCAUUUUCACUUAGUAAUGAAUGAUAAGUUAUAAUCAGAUUAACUUUUAAUUUAUUAACUUUAAUUAUGCAUAGUUUCAGUAGCGUCGAUUUAUUUAGAUGCGUUAUUAACUUAAUUCCUUAUACAAGAGACCGUAACACGAAGUUCGUUACUGUAUAUAUUAAAUAAUCUUAGACCUUUCGCAUUUCGAUUGGCGAAUAUAUAAUACAUAUAACGGUUCAUUAUUUAAUCCAUAGAAAUUUAUUGCAUAUAGCAAACGCUACUCAGAUGUAUGUUCUUUCUGAUAACUUUAAUAAAUUUUUAAAAUAGUUUUUUAAUGCAGUGUUAUGAAGAAUAAAAAAUAUAUCAAUUUUCAUGUCUAGCCUCUAAUUUAUAACAUACAAUUACAUUAUGUUUUCAAACUUAUGCUUAGAUGAUUUUCGGAGAAUUAAUUUUAGUAGUAUUUUUGUAUCUUUUAUUUGUUCAAAUUAUAUAUUUCUUUUUUGUUUGGUAACAAAAAUUAUUUAUGCCAAAUGUUUACUUAUAUUUCCAAACGCCAUAUAUUAUUAAUUAUUUCCAAAUAUUUAUUUAUAUUUUAGUACUAACUCUUUUUUUAAGUUUUUUUUCUAUAGUAAAAAUACAUUUCGCAAGCCUUUUUGAAAUAUUAAUUUGUAUAUUUGUACAAAAUGAGUGUAAGCAUUGCUGACAUUUUUCUAUGCUUUGAUGCAGACCUGUUUGUAACUACUGAAUUUACAUUUUCAUUUAUCAUAACCGGAAAUCAACUUUCGUAUUUGAUAUGUAAUUAAAGAAUUUUUUUAAACUAAUCACUUUUAAAUCACGUCAUUAAUAUCACGUUUAAGUGCUCGAAUGGAAAUUUGUUACAUGUUUGUCACAUGUUAAAUGCAUGAAAGAAAGCAUGAUCUUAUAAAUAAUUUGAAGGACUAUUUAUAAAAAUUCUAGAUAUUUGAUUCUUUUCAUACAUUUUUGAAUUUUCUGUGAUCUAAUAAUAUUUAUGAAAUGUUACGUUAAAUUAACAUUAAAAAACUUUUGUUUAUUUUAAAAGAACAAUGAGAUAGUUGUUUGAUAUUUUUUAUAUUCAAUUGUAUUCUUAAUUCUAUGUUUUUUAACUUCAUAACUUGCUAUAUAUAUAUUUGAUGAUAAAGUCAACUUAAUGAGCUCAAAAAUGAAAACAAUAAUAGUUCAUGAUUUCUGGAAAUAUAUGUGUAAUUUGAUAGAAUUCUUUAUUCUCAUUAGCAUACUUUCCGUCAAUAAAAGAAUACAAUAUAGAAUGAUAUCAAGCAAGUAUAGUCAAAAAAUGGCUCUUUAAAUUAACACAAUUUAUAAAAAUUAUUUAUUCAUCAUUAAAUAUACAAGUAUAAAAAGUACAUAUUUUAAUUAUUUUCUUCAUAUAUAAAAUAAGUAGUUUUUAGGUAGCUGUAGUAAAAUAAAUUUAAAACUUAACUGCCGAAAUUUAAACAACGUUUUACAAAAUUACGUUUGAAAUAAUGAGUUCAAAGUCUUUUAUAAGAGUUCUUAUAUUACAUUCUCACAACAGCACGUAUUUACAUUACAUAGUUAAAUAUAAAAAAUCAUAUAAAUAAUAAAUUUCAGAAAAAUAUGCAUACAAAAUAGAAAACUUUCCUAGGCGUUUUUCCUUUUUCACAAAUUUUGCUGAAAUUUAAAUUAUAUGAAGAAUUAUCUCCAGUGUUGCUGUAUAUAUUAAUUCUCAUAACUAAUAUGUAUAAAAAGUAUCACUUCUUUCACUGACUAUUAAAAUAAAUAUUUGUUUUCCUUUUAAGCAAAAUAAAUUUAAAGCUAUAAAACGUUAUUACUUACUUCGGCAUUAAUAUAUUGUAGUAAAUAAAAUACUUUAUUCUUCUUAUAUGCGAAAACUAAGCUAUUUUAACGGAUACGUUAUUUUGAAUAAAUAUUUAAAAUGUUUAUACUGAAAUAUUUAUAGUAUAUAACUUUGAAAUCCAAUUAAAUGACUUUCAAUCAUUUCGCAUUAUUCGCUUUUAUUUGAGAAAUGUAGCUCAAUGUAAGCACAACGAAGGCAUCUAUCACUUCUUCGAAUGAAAAAUUAAUAGUUAAAAUAAAAUUCCAUUAUUUUGUUAGUGAGCUUUUUUUUAAAUUAAUUAAAUGCUUUUUAAAUUAAUUAAUAUGUCUUAAAGAAUAUUAAUCAAAUUAUGCAGUGUUUACGUUUUCAAAUAUAAUUUCCAUCAUCAUUGAUUGUUGAGUAUUUUCAUUGUUAUUAAAGUAAAUAUUGCAGAAAAGUGUAAAGUAAAAAGAUAAAAUCUUUUAAUAUAGGUACAUGGAUUAUCGCUUUAUUCUGCUAAACGACGUAAUAACUAAUUACAAUUGAUUUUGAUGGUGCUGCUACAAGAAUUUAAAUUUUCGUUAAAUAAUAAAUAAAAAAUAUCUCAUUAUAACAGCUAUUCUUUAUUCCUCGUAAUUUCUAGUUAUAACUGAAAACUAUACAAACUUUUAUUACAAAAAAUGACUACAGAAGGUAAUUUUAAUAUUUUGUUAGUAAAGAGAAUCUGAAAAAUUACUGUCAUCAAUGAACAUUAUGAAGAAACUGAAAAUAAAAGUUACUAAGAAGGCAUUAUGGUUGGAAUUUGUGGAAAAGAAAAAUUAGUGUUUUUAUAAAACAAAUAAAUAUUUAACAAACGUAUAGGUUUUUCUAUCGACAAUUUAUGAGCAGUAUUUUGUAUGACUUUUUAAAAUAAUUAACCAGUUAUUCCUUUAUCCAAUCUAAUUAACUGACUUUUUCUAUUAGCUGGCCUCUAUCAGAGAAUUUCUAUUAGCAGGCCUCUUCAGCUAAUUAGCUGAGGAAAAUCUCUCUUUAACAAUUAAAGUAUCCCUUCAUAAUUAUAAGUAUCAGUUUUAUGUAUACUGCAUUCUUUUGUUUCUUAGAUGUGUUUUAGAGAAAUGAAUUUUCUGAAAUUAUUUAUUUUUCUUCUUUCAUUAAUGACACAAGAUAUUUGUGACUAUUAGCACAAGUUUAAUUACAUUUUAAAAUAACUUUAUUUUUACGUACCUUGCAAUUUCUUUCUCUUUCACUCCUAGCAAUAUUUUAUUUCUGUAACUCUCAUACUAUGUUAUUCUUAUUCAUUUAAAUAUAUUCUGAAAAUCUACUAAAAAAUCUGCUUAAAAUUAAUAUAUUUCAGACUUAAAUUUUAUUGUUUUAUUAGAUUUUGUUCCGUUCUCUAACCACUGAAACAAGUGCUUGUUACUACUAAUGGAUAAAGUGCAUUUAUACGUUGCCUUAUUUAUCAAAGUAUUCAUUCAUUUCACUGCGAAUAGAAUUAUUAUUUCUAUUCGUAGUGAAAGAGAACAUUUGACAUUUAGUUUCAUUUGACAUAUUUACUUAUUCAUUUAGUUCUAUAGAUUUAAAGGAAGGAAAUUAAAUUUUAAAGCUAAAUUACUCUAGAAAUAAUGCUUUGAUGUUACAUUCACACAAAAGAUAUUGCACGGUAUCUUAGCGAAAGCUCUCUGAAGUUUCUUUCCCUUUGAUCAGUAAAUAUGAAUUUGGGUUUUCCUUAAUUUUUACAUGGAGACUAUCUUUUCCCAGAUGGUCUGGUUCCAAAUGAUAAUGUUAAAAGCUCUUAUCUAUUAAUAAAAUGAUGUUGGCAGCAUGUCAAAAUCGAUGACGCAAAGGUUUAGACAGGUUAACGUGUCACAAAAUCCGAGCAAAGACGUAAUUCUCAUUGAUUUAACAUGUUUCCGAUAAUUACAUUUCAUUGCUUACGAUUACGGUUGAGUAACAAGAAUAGCGACCAUAAAACAAAUCUUUCUUAUUGAAGAAUCUCAUUUAACACAUGGAACCUUUCUUUGAUGUAAAUUAAGAUCUUUUAGAAAUACAAUAUUUCCAGUUUACAUUCAUGACAGGGGGCUGUAUGCAAAUUAAACGCUAUUUAUUAAAUGAUACCGAUCUCAGAGUUAUAGAAUCUCAUAUUCUGGAAAAAUAUUACCUAAUGUUCGUUAAACUACUGAAGUGUGAAUACCUUUAACACAGAAUCUGCUAAAUAUUUAUGUAUGCACAUACGCACAGGACUAGAGUAUUUUUAUGCAAAAAACUCCCACUAGUAUAAUAAUCUGUAUUGCCUUGGCUUCAUAAUUAAAAUUCAUGUGCUCAGGAGAAUGAUUGUUUUAUUUUACAUCCCAUAAUAUAUUUUUGCUCAAAUGGAACACUGCCACUAAGCCUAAAUGAGUCUAUUGUAAUGUUUAUGGAAGCUGUGUGUUUGUAUUAAAUAUGGUGCGUGUUGUUUGAUAAUUUAGAUUAAACCAUUUUGUGAAAUGGAUUUUUUUGUACAUUAACCGUUUACCAAUUACUGUAAACGUGACAAAUGUGACCUCUAAUGUAUAUAUUUAUAUAUUUUGUGGUAUAUACCUGACUUUACGCGUAAAUUAUCUAUGCGUAAUAACUCUUUUAUCUUGAAUGCAUUCAUGGUAAAUAAAGCUUAUGUUUACACUUA